GUCUCGUCUCGAGCCGCUCUUCGGAGAUCUCAAGUCUGCUCUCUACGAAGCUGAAGACAUCCUGGAUGAUGUUGAGUAUUCUCGCCUCAAGAAGCAGGUCCAAGAUUGCAAUAAGAGUGAACACCUCCAUAAAAAAUUAAAGUCUGCCAUGUCGUCCUUAGUCGAGAAAAACAAGAAGACAGGUACGUCUAAAAUGCAGUUGAGGACGUGUCUAGAGAAAAUUGAAAAGCUUACAAAUGAAGCACACCAAAUUUUUGAAUGGCUGAACUUGUCCGAUGUAAGUAAAGGGAGCGAGAAACAACCUGUUGCCAUCAACUCACGUACUACAGCAACUUCCACGGUAAAAGUAAUUGGUCGAGAUGAGGACCGUGAAAAGAUCGUAGCAAUGCUUUAUGAGAAGGCAGGUCAUGGUCAUAUAAACACGGAUAGCGGUCUAUGUUAUUCUGUCGUGGGAAUUCAUGGUGUUAGUGGAUCCGGGAAAUCAACCCUCGCACAGUUUGUGUAUGCCCAAGAGGAAAAGGACGGCCAUUUUGACUGUGUAAUGUGGAGUCAUGUCUCUAGAAAAUUUAGUGUUGGGGACAUUUACAAGCAAAUGAUUCAUGCACUUGCAGCACAAGCAUAUGAGCCGUCUUUUCUUCAUAUUCUACAAGACACACUGAAGGAAAAACUGAGUGGCAGAAGGUUUCUCUUGGUACUGGAUGACGUUUGGUGCAAUAAGGAUGUUGUUGAGCAGAAUCAAGCACAAUUACUUUCUGUAUUGGAUGGUGGAAAGAGAGGAAGCAAGAUCUUAGUAACAAGUCGAAAUGAAGAUGCAUUCUCAGAUUUUGCCCCAGAUGUGAGAUGUAUUACUCUUCCAAUAGGUCAGUUGGACGAUUGUACGUUCAAAGAGCUAUUCAUGUAUUAUGCACUUGGAGAUGGCGCAGAUGGGAGCACACUCCGGCAUAUUGGGGAAAGUAUUGCAGAGAAGCUGAAGAAAUCACCUCUAGCCGCCCGUACAGUGGGAGAACAACUACGUAAAAGACAAAAUGUUGAGUACUGGAGAAGAACUAAAGAUCGGGACCUUCUAAAUGAGACGAUUGGAGCUCUGUCAUGGAGCUACCAGCAUCUUAAUGAGCAGCUGAGACGUUGCUUUGCUUACUGCAGUAUGUUUCCCAACGGACAUCAUUUCAGACGUAAUGAGUUAGUUAAACUGUGGGUAGCAGAAGGGUUUAUAAGAAGUACUAAUGCAGGAGAGGAAAUGGAAGACGUUGGUCAGGAUUACUUUGAUGAACUUGUGUCAAUCUCAUUCCUACAAUUAGGGAAGGAGUCCUGGGGCGAGGACUGCUAUGUAAUGCAUGAUCUGGUUCAUGAUUUAGCAGAGAGGAUUGCCGGAAGUGAUUGCUAUAGAAUCGAGAAUGGGUGGAAAGGAAAAGUUCCUCCAGGUGUCCGUCAUCUUUAUGUCGGUACAUUUGAUGCAGAGAAAGCUGAUGAGGAUACUAUUGAGUUGGAAAACCUGCGCACUCUCAUCAUUAAAAAUGUAUGCUACACAUAUAAUAGCAUGAAGAUUCUCAAGAAAAUGUUCACGAGGCUGCGAAAAUUGCGGGUCCUGAAUAUAAGGUUUAUUAAUCCUAAUCUGGCCAAAGAAUUGGUAUCUAUUAUUGGUCUCUUAAAGCAUCUACGCCACCUUACUGUGAAGAUCCAUUCCGGAAAAUCACUCUGUUUAACUCUACCAGCCUCUUUCAAAAAGAUUCACCAGAUUCAGACCAUUGAUUUUGGAAGUGUCGGAUUUUUUCGGCUCUCCGAAGGUGAAGAUAAGAUUAACUUGGUUAGCUUGCGGCACGUAGAGACCAGUAACUUCUGGAACGUGGUGAACAUUGUCAGCUCUACAUCGGCACAGCAGUUGGGAGCCCUCGCUUUAAGUGAGAAACAUGGUCACAACAUAGACCAGCUAAGGGACCUAAACAAGAUUCGUGGCAGGUUGUCCAUUAGUGGUCUUGGAAUUGUUAAAAGCAAAAAGGAAGCUCUCCAAGCUAGGCUUGCUGAUAAGCAGCGACUCAUAGGACUGGCACUGUCCUGGGGUAAUGAGGGCAGCUUGGAUUAUGGUUAUUAUGAAAACAGCUACAGUCCAGAUGUUAAACUAGAGGUACUUGAGGGUCUUUGUCCCCAGAAGGAUCUUGAAGAACUGAUACUCACAAAGUACAGCGGUCCCAGAUACCCUAAUUGGAUGGUGGGGAGGCAGAAUGGUGGCCCAAAUCGCCUGCAAGUACUUGACCUGCGGGAAUGCAGCCUGUUGGGACUUGCUCCAGUUUUUGAGGUCUUCACGCAACUUCGUGUUCUCUCACUUGAGGGAUGCGACUGGGUCACCUUGCCAGAUACUAUGGUGCAUCUCAAAUCACUGAAGAAACUGUCCAUCUAUUAUUUCCCUAAUAUUGAGUAUCUUCCAGUACUGCCCCAGUCCAUUGAAGAGUUUGAACUCAAGCGCUGCAGCAGGGUAUUCACGAGAUCAUGUCAAACAAUUGAAAAUCCAAACUGGAAAAAGAUUCAGCACAUUCAAAAGAGGGACAUCAAAAUGGAAGGUGUAACGUUUGAUGAAGAUUUUUUAAUAUUCAUUGGAUAA